AUGGCCUUCUCCUACCUCCAGUGCCUGCAGUAUGGCAGGAGCCCCGUGUCCCACCCAGGAAAAGGGACUAAAGAGGAAAGGGAAAGGGCUAGCCCGGAAGCUGGCUCUGUGGUGGUGUGGGUGCUACUGAGGUCUCUGGUUCUCAAUGUCAUUUUCCCUCCUUCCAGAUGGUUUCACCCCAACAUCACUGGUGUGGAGGCAGAGAAUCUCCUGCUGACCAGAGGAGUGGAUGGCAGUUUUUUGGCAAGGCCCAGUAAGAGUAACCCUGGAGACUUCACUCUGUCUGUUAGAAGAAAUGGAGCCGUCACCCACAUCAAGAUUCAGAACACUGGGGACUACUAUGACCUCUAUGGUGGGGAGAAGUUUGCCACCUUGGCUGAACUGGUCCAGUAUUAUAUGGAGCAUCAUGGGCAGCUGAAAGAGAAGAAUGGAGAUGUUAUUGAGCUCAAGUACCCACUGAAUUGUGCGGACCCGACCUCUGAAAGGUGGUUCCAUGGUCACUUGUCUGGAAAAGAAGCAGAGAAAUUGCUAACGGAGAAGGGUAAGCAUGGCAGCUUCCUUGUCCGAGAGAGCCAGAGCCACCCUGGAGACUUCGUUCUCUCUGUCCGUACCGGUGAUGACAAAGGGGAGAGCAAUGAUGGCAAGUCCAAAGUGACCCACGUCAUGAUCCGAUGUCAGGAACUGAAAUACGACGUUGGCGGAGGAGAGCGCUUUGACUCUUUGACAGACCUGGUGGAGCAUUACAAGAAGAACCCUAUGGUGGAGACUCUGGGCACAGUCCUGCAGCUCAAGCAGCCUCUCAACACAACUCGUAUUAAUGCUGCUGAAAUCGAAAGCCGGGUUCGAGAGCUAAGCAAGUUAGCUGAGACCACAGAUAAAGUCAAACAGGGCUUUUGGGAAGAAUUUGAGACUCUACAGCAACAGGAAUGCAAACUUCUCUACAGCCGAAAAGAAGGACAGAGACAAGAAAAUAAAAACAAAAAUAGAUACAAAAAUAUCCUGCCUUUUGAUCACACUAGGGUCGUCCUACACGAUGGGGAUCCCAACGAGCCCGUUUCUGAUUACAUCAAUGCAAACAUCAUCAUGCCUGAAUUCGAAACCAAGUGCAACAAUUCAAAACCCAAAAAGAGUUACAUUGCCACUCAAGGCUGCCUGCAGAACACAGUAAAUGACUUCUGGAGGAUGGUGUUCCAGGAGAACUCUCGAGUCAUCGUCAUGACUACAAAGGAGGUGGAAAGAGGGAAGAGCAAAUGCGUCAAGUACUGGCCUGAUGAGUAUGCACUCAAAGAAUAUGGGGUCAUGCGUGUUAGGAAUGUCAAAGAAAGUGCCGCUCAUGACUACACCUUAAGAGAACUCAAACUCUCCAAGGUCGGACAAGGAAAUACAGAGAGAACCGUCUGGCAGUACCAUUUUCGGACCUGGCCGGAUCAUGGUGUGCCCAGUGACCCUGGAGGUGUGCUGGACUUCCUGGAAGAGGUCCACCACAAGCAGGAGAGCAUCAUGGACGCAGGCCCUGUCGUGGUUCACUGCAGUGCUGGAAUUGGCCGGACAGGAACAUUCAUUGUUAUUGACAUUCUUAUUGACAUCAUUAGAGAGAAAGGUGUGGACUGUGACAUUGAUGUUCCUAAAACCAUUCAGAUGGUGCGGUCCCAGAGGUCAGGGAUGGUCCAGACAGAAGCACAGUACAGGUUCAUCUACAUGGCCGUCCAGCAUUAUAUCGAGACGCUGCAGCGCAGGAUUGAGGAGGAGCAGAAAAGCAAAAGGAAAGGACAUGAGUAUACCAAUAUUAAGUAUUCCCUGGUGGACCAGACAAGCGGCGAUCAAAGUCCCCUGCCACCUUGUACCCCAACACCACCCUGUGCAGAAAUGAGGGAGGACAGCGCACGAGUGUACGAGAAUGUGGGCCUCAUGCAGCAGCAGAGGAGCUUCAGAUGAGGCCCACCGGUGGCGGCCUGCAGAUUCGAACUUUCACCCCUUCCCUAAAAAUGUCAAGACUAGACGAGAAAGUUUCCAGGACCCACGUGUUCAGAAGCUUGCCCGCCCGGGGUUGACUUUUGAGAAGCGAAGUUUGGAACCAUUUGAAGAGCACGCGUCUAAUCGGCAUCUCCCUUCCUCAGAUAAGGGGAAACCGCUCUGCGUUGUCAACAGUGCUGUUUUCAUAGAAUUGGUUUUGAGUUGUGGAAUCAGCUAAAUUGUGCUCUGUAUUUUACACAUUAUGGGACUCAAAUUGUAGUUAUGGGCAGGAUUUUGUUUCUUUUUAUGACCUUAACUGAUCUGACUUUCUUUUACCCCUGUCUCUUUGGGGAAUCAUGGGCCCCUUGUAAGAAGAAAGGAUUUGGGGAAAUUCAGGAACAACCUCCUUGAGAAGCCAGCAAGUCUGUAAACCACUGCUCAUCUUCUACCGCCCAGGGAUUGUUUAGGGUCACUCAUCAUUGCAGAGACUCGCUGUUUAGUUCCAGGGACUGGGAGGCCAGGCUGUAGGUUUGCACUGGUGAGGGCUUUCUGGUGUGCCACAGCAGAUGGAAAGAGCACGAGGGCUGGCCUCGCUUUUAUAGCAGACUGAUGACGACAGCAUGAGUCCACCCUCAAGACCCAGCCAAGACCCAGCCAUUCCUUGGCGGCCCACAGUCAGCACCAUGGCACUCCCUGCAGAUGCUUGGGGCACAUUCAGUACAGAAUGACCCAGGGAGGCCCCACGGGAAACGACUCAGUCAAGGACAAUUCACUUUGGUAGCAAAGCGAUCAUUCAACCAGUGAUAUGAGUCAGGGGAUAAAAAGUCAUGGCUGAAAGGCCAUGGGAAUUGGUGGAUGAGAAGUCUUUCCUCUGAAGGUGACCCCUUGGCUUCAGGUGUGGACAGAGAAAAGGUGGGAAAGUGGCCAUGUUGUCUUUGCACUGGAGUCACCAUCUUGUAUUAGUAAGACCCUUGGGUGAGCGGCAUCUGAUUCUCUUUUCCUGACUGACCCACCCUACCCAUUCCUCAGUCUUAUCUGGCUUGCAUGAGCCCCACUGUCCUGUGGGAUCACUUGGGGAGUUGGCAGCAUGGCCGAGACACUGAGCUUCUGUCUCACUUGUGGUGUCUUCCAGUUCUUUUCUCCUGGGUGUCUGUGUAGCCUCACUAGCAGAGUGAUUGGGCCUUUAUGUGUCUCCUAAAGCCCAAAGGCAGAAGUGGCCAGGCCUUCUUCAGAUUCAGGCCUGGAAUGACCAUGACUUCUUCUAUGACUGCCUUCGAGGGAAUCAGACUCAGCCUGAGGUGUGUAGUGGAGAUGCCAUGCUCUGGGGCCACCAGUCUGUCAGUUGGUUCCAGCCUGUGCCAUGGAAGCAAGCGGCUGAGUUAGCAAGAGCCCAGGCUGCUUAUAGUAGUUGGUGUAAACUGUGAGUCAGAUGAGAAAUGUACAGCACACCUUCUAGAAGCUUCUGAGCCAAUUUUUCUGGCACCACACAUGUUGCACUAUCCUCACCUGAAGACCUGGUGUGGUAAGGGUGGGUGUGUUUGGGGACGUAUGGAAGCUUGUUCCUGAAGCACCACAGAUGGGUGAAGGUGACGCUUCAUUGGGCCUUGGCUGAGCAUGAAGAGCGGCAGUCCUGUCCAGGCCUCCUGUCAGGUCCAGUCAGCCAAUUAUGCUUUAACCAAGCAGCAGGGUUUGCUAUGUUCUGCCUUAAGUGCCUUCUCCACAAACACCCCCUCUGCCUGUGUGAUGAUUGUUGAGAGCAUGUUUCACCGAAAGCAUCUGGAUUGACACUCAUGACCAAACAGUGGCACAGCCUCUGCUUACAUUCUUUUUGCUUUGGUUCCUGAAAGGAAGGACUGGACCCUGCCCUGCAGUCGUUCCUUUCUGAGGCCUCCCAUUCCCUGGCAGCUUGAGAUAGUUGGUGAGCACAGGGGCAACCAUUUUCUCAGAGCAUUUGUGUUGACCCUUGCCCCUUCUCCACUGGACUCACUGCUUCAGAGCACAGCGUGGCUUGGCCAUGUUCCCUCAUCAGGGGAAGGUGGAGACUGCUGUCUUCUCACAAGCCCAUGAUGGAGAUCAGUUCAGCAUUCACAGCCAGGAUCUCAAAUCCUAUUCUCAUAGCACAUUGUCACAAUGAAGCCUGUUGGGGAUGGCGGUGAUAUCUAGACUCUGGACUUCGGGGACAAGGUCUCUCACCAGCACACAGAGGUUGGCUGUCUAACUGAUCUACUGAGUUAACGUCUCUGUCUUCAGCUCAGGAUCCAGAGAAGAAGACAUGUUCUUAGCCCACGGUAUUCAGUACAGCAAGUGGUUUCCUUCAGGUUCCCCUCCCACCAGUAAGAAAAUGGAUUCCUAAGAGUCUCUAGGUCCCCCUGAUCUGUCAAGUGUGGUAGUUGCAGGGUCUCAGGAGAGGGUGUUGGAGGCAAGUGUAGUGUCUGGGAAGGUGAAGUAUUGGAGGAAUGGGUUUGAAACAAUGGGAGUGAAAGUUGUAGAGGUGGUUCAUGGGCAAGUUGGAAGGCACAGAGUGACAGCAGGUCCCCUCACUGCUGAGCCUUUUAAAUUAGAAACAUAGGAUUUUAUAUUUGGGGGAAAAUCAUCUAGCACAUGGUCUUGGGGUUUCUAGAAAGCCACACUUAAAUCUUAGAAAGAAGGCUUGCCACACUGGUGUGCGGCCCUAGUGAUGCCCCAGGUUGCCUCCGCCAUUACAGUUGGUGCCUUUCUAAUGAUGAAGUUGGGAUUAGAAAAUGCUGUCGGGUGUCGUCAGCUAUGUUUUGACAGAGCUGGUGGCCUUCAAUGGCUCAGAAGUGGUCAGUGUUAUUUCUAGGGUGUUUGCUGGGAGUUCAAGAACAUAAGCAUUGUUUUCCUGUGUGGGGACUGAGGCAGGUGCACUUGUGAGGUAUUCUGUAGAUUCGAGAUCCUUAGGGAAACAGACUCCAGGCAGAAGUGCAAGCCCAGGGCAGGCUUUGCUCCUGUCAGUUGUUGGGGGUUGCUUUAUAGCACACAGUUGCCCUGGUUUCAGACGCCUUUCUUAGGGUCUGUGCUAGUCCGCCAUUUUGUUGGAUUUACUCCCUGCCCCCAAUUUGGAAAGAUAAGCUCCUGAGUAGAGUUCAUUGAAUUUCCCAUCUCUAGCAGCUUGCCACUUUCAGGGUGGGCAGGACAAGUGAGAGCAGAGAGCAAUUGCUGUCGGUGCUGUAGAACUUGGCUGUGCAUCAAACUAAUUUUCACAAGUGUUCCUCCUAAACCUCGACCAUGGAAUUAAUAAUUUGCCUCUUUAUUUAUGACCUAAUUGUGACUCUUUUUUUAAUAAAGCUGAUGGGAAAGGCCCCUCCCUGAGGCUGAUGACUAGACUCACAUUUAACUUCCCCACAGUGUAUGAAGCAUCAGGCAGAGUAUUACAGAAAUAUAGUAUUUUAUUGAUAAACCUGUCCUUUAAAAGGCACAUGUUUUGGGGUGUCAUCAUUUUGGUGUGAAUCAUGUAAAUGUUGGCUGUAUGCUGUUUAUUAUACUCUAGUGUCAGGACAUGCACUCAGCGGCCGUUCUGCCCACACAUACCGUGUAGUCUGCAGUUUUUAAAGUGACAUUAACAGAAUAGAUCAUGUAGGGAAACCUCAGAGGUCGUCACUUCCCCACUUGUCAUGAGUGUCAGCUGCUUUUUUUAGCUGAAGUCAUCAGAGUAUACCUGCAUAUACUCCAUGUAUCACCAGAGGCAGUGUAUUUGUGAGCUGUCUGCAACUAAAAAUUAGAAUAAAACCAUUUUCUUGUAUUACGGUA